ACCUGUGCCAGCUCUAGGACAGCAACAGCUGAUUGUCACAUUAGAAUUGAAUUGGAAUUAGAUUAUUAAAUAUUUUAGCGCUUUUAUAACACAAAAGGCCGACUAAAUAGCUUCCGAGCAAGCGCCACCAAUCCGAGCGACGGCUGGUACUACAAACUGAACAAAAAACUACUGAACAAAACUCCAAGAGCAUGAAUUUUCUGCGGCAAUCCUUUGGCAUUACGAAACAGUUGGCUUCGCAGGCUGCUCCUAAGCAGGAACUGGCCCUCAGGAGUCCGUGACUUGGCGCAUUUAGCCACCCUUCCGCUGCGAAGCGAAAACCAAAUAAACCGGGAGCGCAUAAGUGUUUGUUUUCCCCCCGACUUUCGUGCAUUUCCCCCAGGUUUUACCAACUCUUUUUGAGUUGGCCGCGCGUGGCGGCCGCACUUUUCGCCUGCGAAUAUUUUCAUUGCCAGUUUCACAUGCACAUCAACAUGCACAUUCCGCAGCUCCCCCGCUUUAGAUUGGAAAAAUAAUUGAAAACCUGUCACCCCGAAAAAGAAGGAAAAGCGCGGAAACAAUGGAAAUGUUCAACCGCAAAAAAAAGGUCGCAGUUUAGGAGACAAUAGGUGCCGGAUUUGUUUGUCCGGCAAUCCUGCAUAUGGAAAUUAUUACCUGCCGCUUGUGUUGUGUGUGGCAUUUGGCAUAUUUAUAAUUGAAAACGCUGCUACGUCGCUUUGUUUCUGGCCAAAAAGGCUUGACAGGAUUCGGAGCGAGUACUUCCAUGCUUGCGCGUCAUUUGGCCGCAAUUAUUGUCGCCAGCCGCCAACUCCGUUCCACAAUUCUCGAUUUCCACAGAGAUUAGCCGUAUGACAAAGGAGCCAGCACAGAACCAGCGGGCAUUGUCAAUCACUGACCAACUGUCCGUGGAAGUGACCCUUUUGUCCGCAUUUCGAAGCCGGUACAGUCGUGCUUUAUUGAUUUCGAGCGAUCUCUUUCGCUCCCAUCAUUGCAUUCUCAAUCGAGUCGAUCGAUGGCCGAACCCUUGUGUGUUUAUAGUCUAGCCACUUUCUCAUAAUCAACUAGGAGUGUUACCUCUAAAAAUGAUCAUGAUUGCAAUCUCAAACUUGGAGCAGUUAAUUUUGUUGUACUGGUUUUCUUUAAGCGACAUAUCUAACUCUUUCACUUCUUUGCCAGCCAUCCAGUGCAGCUAUGAGACCGCCGUCCGUGGAAUGGCAUCGCUGCAGCAGAUGCACCGCAGCGGACCGCACAUAAAGACGCGUCCGCCGCGCCAGCCGCUGGAUGGAAAGCCCUUCGCCAAGGGCGUUGUCCUGAAGACGCUGAUAAAGAAGCCCAAGAAGCCGAACUCGGCCAAUCGAAAGUGCGUGCUGGUGCGCCUCUCCACCGGCAAGGAGAUGGUGGCCUACAUCCCCGGCAUCGGGCACAACCUGCAAGAGCACAACAUUGUACUGUGCCGCGUGGGGCGUCUGCAGGACGUGCCCGGCGUUAAGCUGAAGGCUGUGCGCGGAGUCUACGACUUGGCGCACGUCGUCAAGAAGAGCCAAUAGUUAAUAACCACUUCCUAAUCACGUUGUUCAAAUGCAUUGCUUCACAAUC